CCGGGACGCGAAACUGUCCCCAGUGCGCAAGGCCUGACGGUGCAACAGCUAUGCGCGACCCACUAGCGUUCGUCGCCGAAGAAGCGCGGGAACUGCGAAGCAACUGCAGUUCCUUGUUGCUAGGUGGUGGCGAGACCAGCACUGAACUUUGUGGAUAACCGAAUAAAUUGAGCGUCCCUAGUCGGCUGAUACGAACAAUCUGUUUCAUUUGUAUAGAACCUGAUAAUCAGCAGAAUCGUCGCAUCUGGUGAUCACCCACUGGUUAUGGCUAAUUUAACUUGUAUACCUCCGACGCUUUCAGCAGUCCUUACACGAGCAACUUCGCCGCUGCAACCUGUCCACUUCACUUUGACAAGAGCAUGAAAAAGAGCAAUAAUGUCAUCACAUGAACGCUAUUUUUUUUUUUGGAAAUGAGUGUUAGUUUGGUUAGAUGUUUCACCGGAAAGAUACCAGGGGUAAUGGGGGUGCCUCUGUUAUUAUUCAACAAUUUGUGCUUUAGCAUCAACCUAACGGCGCCCCCUAUCAUCUCGAUUUUUCCAUAUAGGCGGUGUCAAUUUAUUCUAAACCCCCACGUGUCGAAAGCUUUAUUUGCUUCCCUUAGCUUUAGGCAUUGAGUGCGCAUGCGCGGACCUUCGACAUCACGUAUACGUGAAUACAUGCCAGUUCAUUGCCACUGAAACAUCAGGCAUGGCUUACGAAAGAAGCAACGAAUACACGCCUCCAGUGUUCAGCUUCACCGAUGAAGCAACCCCAAUUGCAAGCCGUUACAACCAGGGCGCUUCUUCGGAUGCCUACCCAACCGUUUCUGACGACGUCUGGCAUUACCAGUGGAACACACAGCACAGGCCAAUAACCGAUGGGACUUACAACGUCGACGGUGCCACUGACAAUGCAAACGCUAGUUACCUGCUUCUGAGCUCCACCAGCAGUAUCGAUCAUGAAAGGCCCCGUGCAAACCGCGCUGGCAUGGAGGCGUCAACAGCCAUACUAGAAGACGGUGCCACAAUUCCAGAGACAACCUGUGUUGACCAAUGGAAGACGCAGUGCUACUCGGCUAAUGGCACGCCCACCGUCUCCGGACAUACACACAACACAGAAACAAGAAGCACUGGUUUCACACUUCCGGUCUACAGCAGCAGCCUUCUGGCCAGUACAUGCUACGCGCGCAUGUUGGAACCAUCGGACAUUUUUGGGAACGACGCUCGGAAUGCUACUGGAACAGGAGGAAGGGAACCGCAAGAGUUGUACGGUGCACGUUUAUAUGUUUCCAGCAGACAGGAUGCCUCACGCGGGCACGCCAACAAACACAUUGGUGAUACAGUCCACACUUGCAAAGCAAGUGACUCUGUGAAUAAUUCGGAAUUCGUAAAACACUGCCGGAAGACAAAAGGCAAAAACCACAAAUGCGCAACCUGCGGUAAAACGUUCCACCGGGCUGAUCAUCUAGCGGCGCAUUACCGCACGCACACAGACGAGAGACCCUACAAAUGUGAAUUAUGUGAUCAAUCGUUCCGACAGUCUACUCAUUUAGAUAACCAUAUACGCACGCAUACAGGCGAGAAGCCCUACAUUUGCAAAACAUGUAGCAAGUCAUUCACGCGGUUGGCAAAUCUCCGUAAACACCAGCACACUCACGCCGACGAAAAACCCCACGUCUGUGAAAUAUGUAGGAAAGCACUCAAUCUCUACUGGCAUAGUAGCGACAAAGCUUUCGUUUGCGAAAUAUGCGAUCGCUCCUUAAAGUACAACUCGGGUCUCAGUCGUCACGGCCAAAGUAUGCCCGGGGAUAAAAUGCCGUUUCAGUGUGCUCGGUGCGGAUUUCGUUUCGCAGAGAAAGGAACACUCGAUGAACAUCUGUGCCAGAGUGAUGCCUGCCAGUUAGGUGGAGAUUCACUUGGAGACGAGGUUCAACUGACUGCACACCUCGUGACGCAUAGCGUGACGUGAGCGGUAGUAUUCUGACGAGUGCGCAAGUAUCUCGCCCGCAGAUUUUGCUUACCAACGUGAGAGUGAAGCCGCGUAGGGAAAUAACGCUGACAUGCUCAUCUAGCAUUUAGAAAUUACGGGACAAGACGUAGUAGCCAGAAGUAUUUGGGGUGCUUCAUUGUCGAAGUGUGCUGCAGAUCGUGGCCAGCGCUUACUGUUCGCCUAAGUGCAUGUGUUCUUUGCGAACGCAGCUUUAGCUAACUUAUUUCAAGACAAAACCUCAUGGGCUCCAAUUUUGUGUUUUGUGUAAGUAGAAGGUCGAAAUGCCCGCACAAGGUGCCUGACUCCCGGUUUCGUUAGAGAAUAUAUUUUUCCCAAGUUGUUCACUAUAUUCUUCCCAGGUUGUUCACUGUUC